AUGAGCUGCUUCAGCAGAAAGAAAGCCGUCGAAAUUCGGCCAGAGCAGAAGUGGGAUGCUAUCACUCUUCAGGAUUUCAAGUCGUCAUCCUGCUUUACCCCAUUCGCCUAUGGUUAUCUCUACUUCUCCCUUAUCCUAUCCAUAGUUGUCUAUGGUGUCGAUAUCUUCACCGCUGUCAACCUUCUCGCCUUCGACACUUGGUCGUCGAGUAUUGAACCGACCCAGUUGAUCACCUUCGACCAGGCGAAAUGGAUCUUUUCCAUAUGCAUCAUCGCUUCCUUCGUGAACCUGGUUUUCGAGCAUCUUCGUGCCAUGCGAGUCAUGAAGCGAGGCAGUGUGGCCGAAUGUUACCUCGACCCCUUGGCAGUCCGACUCGAGAGCGUUCGCGUCGGGAGCAGUGGUUCAGGCUGGAGACGAUUUCUGGUAUUCGCCGAACUGACCAAGUCGAGGAAAGGCGCUGAAUAUGUGGCCCUUUUUACCUACUUCAGCUUUCAAUCUUGGAUUAGAGUCAUCUUUUGCUCUGGCCCUCGCCAAGGCGUGAACGCCUUGACGCUGUAUGCGGUAUAUACCUCUACCCUCAUCCCAACCGAUGUUUCUAGUGUUCAGAGCACUCUUGGGAGCUUUUUCAGCAAGCUCCAGUCACUGGCCUCGGAAAACACGCAACAGGCAGUCAUUCUGUCAGGUAUGCUGUUCACCCUGGUAGUCUGGGUCUUUGCUGCGCUCUUUCUGCUCGCCGGCAUCCUCUUCUACGUGUUUUUCCUCUGGCACUACAUCCCCCGACAGGAUGGUGGGCUUCAUGGCUACUGCGAACGGAAGAUCAAUAAGAGAUUGAUGAGGAUUGUGACGGUCAAGGUGAACAAGGCUCUCGCAAAGGAAGAAAGACAGCGCGUCAAGGCUGCCAAGAAGGCUGGCGAAGAGCUGCCAGUUGGACGACAGGCAACUCUGCCCAAGUUCCUCGACGCUGACGACGACAAGCUGGCUGGCAUGCCUACGAUGAGUCGCAAUGACACCAUGGCCACACUACCUGUGUACACCUCGAGGCCUGGGACGCCUGAUAGCAUCGAAUUCAAUUCAUUCGACAAGAAACGGCCGCUGCCGUCACGACAAGGAACCAAUAAUACGACCAUGUCGACAGCUACUUAUUCCUCCCGCGCGCCCCUGAUAUCAGGCGCAGCGGGAAUGGGUUUCGAGCGGUCUGCAUCACCCGCCCCGUCGUUGCCCAAUGUCGAGUUCAGCAACUACCAGUCACAAGCCCGGCCUGGAACCGCAGGGUCGAACAGGGGCUAUGGCCAGGGCCCCCAAAUGAACCAUUACCAAACCAACGGCAGCAGCUUCGGUGGCGCCUUGGUCGCAAACCCGUCUACAUACUCACCGGAUGCGUUGCCGUCCAUGCCCGAGCCAAUUCGCUCUCCCGGCCCUGGUAUAAAUCCUUAUAGCCGGCCGAUGCCUCGUUCAAUCAACGAGAUCAACGGGCGACCAGGACCUGCAGCUCGACUUCCCUUUGGCAACGACGGGAAUUCGAGAGAUGGUCGCUCUAGCCCAGCACCGUCUACAUACUCGAAUCGUGGAGCACCCUUCAGCCCGGCCUAUCCUCAGAUGCGGAGUGCCACGAAUCCCAUCGCUUCCCCGCAGAGACAGCAUUUCCCGCCGCAACGGAACAUGACGGCUCCGAUGCCACCUCGACAGCACGACGGGUAUUCCAUGGCGCGUCCCGGAGCUGCUGCGAGCCAGAGAUCGAUGGGUCCUGGAUACGGCUAUAAUGCCGAUCUGGAAGCACAACGCGGCCCGCCAAGAUACUGA